AUUUGGUAACAGUGCGAGUCAGUCCCAUAACAGUACUAUGCUGCAAGCUUCAAAAGUUCUUCAGUUUUCUUCUAAUUAUUUGUCAUCUAGAAAUAUCCAGACAAUGGCGCGAAGGUCCCUUCCCGGGCGUAGUUGACAUGUUUGGGACGGCAGGCGGGCUCUUGGAAUAUCGGUCGGCACAGCUAGCAUCAAGAGGGAUUGCUGCGUUGUCCCUUGCCUUCUUCGCAUAUGAUGACCUGCCCAAGACGCUGGAAGAAUUCAACAUUUCGUAUUUCGAGGAAGCUGUGGAGUUCCUUCUGAAACACGAAAAGGUGCGUGGUCCUGGGGUAGGGGUCAUUGGAACUAGCAAAGGGGGAGACCUGGCUUUGUCCAUGGCGGCCUUUAUUCCGUCCAUUGUAGCUUGCGUUACAAUCAAUUGUUACAACUCUCCAAUCGGUGCAGGAAUGCGUGUUAAGGAUCGUCUCUAUCCGUGUCUGCCAGAACAUGAAUAUCAUAACAUUAGUGUUGAUAACGAAGGUGCCUUUGUUAUACGUAAAGAUGUGCGUGACCCUCGUAAAAGCAAAGAGUCGACCCUCCCCAUCGAACAGAGCAAUGCAGCCUUUUUGUUCCUUGUUGGCAGCGAUGAUCAAAACAUACACUCUGAAUUUUAUGCCCAGUUGGCCUGUCAGCAACUACGUUCACACAACUACCAAAAGUGGUUUGAAGUUAGCUCAUAUCCUGGAGCAGGCCACCUUCUGGAGCCGCCAUACUCACCUCAUUGCUCGGCAUCAUUCCAGCACACCUUUAUGCUGCCUGUCCGCUGGGGGGGGAGGGGCAAGUUCCACAUCCUUGCACAGGAAAAGGCAUGGUCCAAGAUGAGGGAAUUUUUGCUCCAACAUUUAGGCUGUGACAAUAAUGUGGUGAAAGAAGCAGGCUGUCAAAAAGUUACAUUUUUGAAGAGUCAUUUGUAAUUGGUUUUCUUAGCAUUGUAACUUGUGCAGUAUUACCAUUGAAUGUUUGGAGAGAAAGGUGGUUGGAAAAACUAAUGAAUUUUCAAAGUUGGGGAAAAUCAUAGGUACCAUUAUUGCAUGUGAGGCUGUGAUCCACUCACUCUAGAUAAUUUUCAAAGUGAAUAGAAGAAGACUGAAAUUACAUAUAUAUAUGAAACUGCAGAAUUCCAUCAGUUGUAGAGAAAGCCAGUUAAAUGCAAGCCAAAUAACAUAUUUCCAUGUCUGUCUCCUUCAUGUAUGCUAUGCUGUUGACACUUUCAUUGAUGGUUGUAAAUAAUGGAAUAUUGUAAUUCAUAUAAAAAGUGCCUUCUUGUUAUUGUAUCUAUACUAUUUAUACUGUUUGAGGUGAGCUUUUGAAGUAGCACUCUAAGCUAGAUAUCUCAAUCAUAUCAUCAUGUGUGAUAUAUUUUUAAGUAAUUAUUUUUUGAGUUUGUGAUUUUUUUUUGACAUCCAUACAUGGUACAGAUAUGGUUUCUACAUGAUGACCUUAGAAUGAAUAUUUAUUGGUGUUCAGUCAAGUGUUUCUUCCAGAGAUGUGAUAACUCUUAAUCAACCAAUAAAGAUAAGGUUGUCAUAAUUAUAACACUUGUAUAGUUUUUAUUAGAGUGAGUAAUUUCACAAGAUUAAGUAUUCAUUAUUUUUAUCCUCCAGUCUUUAUUAUGUCUAUGCAGUCCUGAGGCCUUAGUGUUGAUACACUCAGUACUUUGCUUGUGAAAUUUUUCAUUUUCUUUAGUUUCUUCUCCAAUUUGUUUCCUGAAUGUAGAUAGCAUUGUUGAAUCAUUUGUUGCAUUCUGGCAUUUAAUCUGUUGGAUCCGGGUGAUUUGCAGCCCACACUAAAUUCC